ACUUUGCCCUUCGGGUGUGGCAUAUGUGGAGGGAUGGAGGCCCUGUCGAGGAAAACGGAGAAAGAGAAGCUGGCGGACUUAGAGGCGAUGUUAGCAGAUGCAACAUGCAGUGGAGACGUGACGGACGACGCCAGCUUGGUGUCCUUCGGCUCGGAGGAGCCAACUCCGACAAAACAUCACUACGUCCCAAGAAGUCCACGUGAUGAUGCCGCUUCGAAUACAGCAGGCCCUUGGCGCCCCGUAGGUUGGAGUCGGGUAGUCGACACCAGCGUUCCCACUGUAGUCGACAACCCCGUUCUCGAGGCUGGUGUUGGCGGGCGGGAAGUGGCGGACGUAACCACCCGAAUCUAUUCCUCCUCAUCCAGCUGUACGACGGAGCGCUCCACAGAACGGGUAGUACCCCGAAGACAUCAAGGGAAACGACCCCAUCGUCACACCGCUGCCGAUCACGAGCGUCGUACUGACCGACGUCGAAGGCAACGGCACCCUACACCUGAGCGAGACCAUGAGACGGCAGCAACAGUGGCGCUGCUGACGAACGAACUGGUGAUCGUUCGGUCUCAGAUUGAACAAAAAGAUGUUGUGGUGAGGUCUCUGCAGCGCCAGUUGGAACAGCGAGGGGAAAUUGAAGCGCAAACUCAAGCACGGGCGGAGGAGGAUCUCGUGGCUGCAUUGGCGAAGGCGUCGGGGCUGAAAGAGGAGUUGACCAGAACAUCUCAACUACUGGUGGAUGGAGCACUCGCAAGGCAACACCUGGAGCAGCGCUGCUCCGUCCUCACCGAGGAACUCCAGAAGUCUGCAACACGAACCGCCGAGCUCGAGAACGAAGUGGCCGUCUCACGCGCCGAAGUGGUGAGGAUCUCAGGGGCCCUCCACGCCCGACGGAGCACUGACGUGGUGGAUGCGGAGAGGGCGUUUGGGGAGGAGCUGCAGCGGGUUCAAGAAAGUGCGGCGCGCGAGACACGGACGUUGAAGCAGGAAGCCAGCGGCCUCCGCACGUUGCUAGAACAGACCAAGAGCAAGCUACGGAAUGCCUGUGGGGAAAGGGAUUCCUGGCGAGAGGAGGCAGACUCUUUUUCGAGUGAGGCUGCGACGCUGCGGGAGACCGUUCAGGCGCUUAGGCAAUACAGCGAGAAUGACACCAUCGACCAGCUGCUAGGACAGGCGUGGGCAAAUCUGGCCGGCAGUCACAGCCAACCGCGUGCAAGCUUCGAUUGCGUUUAGCGUGACUUGCACUGGAGGAUUUUCAGAUAUACUUGUCUUAUUGGGGCCGAGUGGCUUCGGAUCUCAUCCACGAGUCUUGCACUCUUGUGAUAGCGUUCGGUGUUUCCUGGCGUUGAGGUAUUCCAUUUCUAGCCGCACGGCAGUCGGGGACUGAUCUUGUGUGUUUGUUUUUGUCGUAUUUUCAUCGAUCGGUUUUGCUCAGGUGUCGCGCUGGAAACGUCGCACAGAGGAGCUGGAAAAUCUUCAGCGGGUGGCAUCUUCGCCGGAACGGUCCGCUUUCGACGG